UCAUACAUCCUCUCUCUGAACUUCUCUUCUCUUCUCUGAACACUGUCUGGUAGCUUCAUACACCUUGGCUUGGCUCUUGGCUCUCUGCUUCUCCUACAGCUCAACGACACGACAUGCCAUUCCUUCUUCCUUGAGAUCGAGGAGAGAAUUGAGAUAAGUCGAUAAGAAGAAGAAGAAGAAGGGUCUUGUCUCCUCUUGUUUCUAUAUGGGAAUCAGGCGGCGGUCAGAGAGGUUGCUAAGGGCAAUGGCGUGCUGCAGGAUAGUUCUUGUCUUCUUCUUCUUCUUCUUCUUCUUCUGCGUCUGCGUCUUGGUGGCGACGACAACGACGAUGGAUGCUGUGAAGGGUACGAGUGCUGCGGCCGCUGGCGGCGGCGGCGGCGGGAGGUGGACGGAGUUGACGGCGGGGUCGCCGGCGAGGUACUCGGCCGGUGCAGACGAGUUCAGAGGCAGCAAGAGGAGGAUCCCCAAGGGGCCUGACCCUAUUCACAACAGGCGUGCCGGGAAGACGACGGUUGCGCCGCGGCGGAGAGACUAGCCGGAGAAGAAGAAGAAAGCCCUUCUUCCAGUGAGCAUCUGGAUGAGACUGAAGGAGCUAUAUGAUGUGCACUAGCCAGCUCUACCGGCAAUGCAUAAGAUGGAGGAUCAUUGGCUUUGUGCAAAGAGGUAGCUAGCUUCUCCUUUACUGAAGAGGAUUUUGGUAGUGGGGGUAUGUACAAAAGUUGCAAUCUUCCCUCUCAAGAAAUCUGCCAUUUUUUUGACCAAUCUUUCGCAUAUUCUUCCAUGAUUUGAUUUGAAUCUAUGGUGAUUCCUCUUUUUUCUUUCUUUCUUUCCCUUUUUUCUUGUGUGUAAUUAAGAAGCCAGAGAUGCCGAAUUGGCCAUCAUUCUCUUGCCAAGAGUCCCUUCUGUUCUUAUUGUCAGUAUAGGUUCAGACUUCAGAGCGGCCAACCUGACAAGCUGUUCGAUGAUGUAUAUUCAACUCAGUUCGUGUGUGUGUGUGUGUGAACAAUUCAUUGUUGUUUUGCAAUUUCACUGCAUCAAAUGUUACUAUUCAUCAAAAGUGAAAUUCCUCAACAAAAAAAAAAGAGAAAAAAAAAUCUGCACUGCAUGGUAUGACGCAUGAAUCAUCUGAAGCGAUAGGGGAAAGCAAAAGAGGAGCAGGAAAUGAGAGAAGCAGGGAAACUAAAGCUAACUGGGAGAAGUAUGGUCGGCUUGUGUUUGUGUGUGUCUCUGCGUGGUGCUUUUCCUUUUUUUACUUCUUUUGUUGCAGGGGUGCUAUUUUUUUGAAGUAACCGAGGAGCAGCAAGAAAAAGAAUACAAAAGAAAAGAAACAUGUUGCUGUAUGAGUGAAGUGUGAAGAAGCCAGCUUAGCAUUGCUUAUUGAUCAGCAGGCACAGAAGAAAAGGGAAAAUGUUGCUAAUUUCUCAACAAACAUAAGAAGUGUGAAAAAUUGAUAUUUUUUUUUCAGACUUGUAGUAAUUUGCUAAAAUUUUGAGGGUGAACACUGCUAGUACUUUAUUCGACUACAAAUAUGUGAUUACAAUAUUCCUCAAGAAAAGAAACAAUGUUUGCUAAAAUUUUGCUGUUCAUUUGGUUGCCAUUCUGAAAUUUGCUGUUU